UGCAGUGCAGUUAUGAGCGCGUCACUGGACGAGUCUGGAAUGUGCGGUCGUUGCGUAUCUGUAAACGACACGAGGGAUGCUGUCGAGUGCGGAUAGAUCGACAGCUGUGUAUUGCACAUCAGAGCUUUAGGUAAUAGGACUUAAAAACGAUAGAAACUGAUCGAGACGUACGGCUCACGAGGCACAAAUGGAGAAACUCAAAAGUAUAUCUACUCAGCGGUGUUCUCUUCCUCUGAAUAUGUUGAAGGCCUUGGCAGGAAUCUGUUUUCUUCAUCUUACUACAAUAUUUUUCCUCUUUUGGGCAACUAUCGAUGAUGCCUGGUGGUUUACGAGGACCCUUUACACAGACCUGUGGGGCAAAUGGGUGAUGGAGAACGAAGAUAAUGUCUGGGUGUACAUGGACAUACCGACCUCCUACAGGAAAGACUACCUGCAGGUGGUACAGGCGUUUGCAGUGCUGUCCUGCCUGUUUGCCGUGUUCUCACUCUGUGUAUUCAUCUUCCAACUCUUUACUUUGGGCAAAGGGCAGCGCUUCACCAUCUCUGGAGUCGUGCAACUCAUCUCCUGUUUCUGUAUAAUGGUUGCGCUGUCAGUCUACACGGAUCACUUCCACAGAGAUGAGAAGGACGGUUGGUACGGCUGGUCUUACAUCAUGGCCUGGUUCGGCUGGCUGCUGACCCUCUUCACUGGAAUUAUGUACAUCAUCCUUCGCAAACGAGAGGAUUGAAUCUCGGCCCACGCUCUCAGUGCUAAUCCACAGCCUUAGUUCUUCUUGUGUCAAAGUUUUCUGUGGACUGUGAAUGACUGUAUUAAGUCUAGGUGCUGUAAAUAAAAAAAUGAAGAAACUAGCGCAGCUGAAAAAAGUUUAAAUUCUGACUGUGAGAAAAGCUUUGCGUUUCAAGAAAACUGUCUGGCUUUCUCGAUCAGAAAGAUAAAAUGUAAUUUUUGCAUUUUUUUAUUUACAGUCUUUUGACUGGCCAUCUUUUCUAGUUACAUAACGCACUGAGGGCAACGAGAGGAUCUGAACACGCUAUUACGUGGGAGAUGAUAAAGUGUAGAUAAAGUAUAUGCAGAAAUGAAAUGUAAAAACCAUGUACCUAAAAGAUGUAUAAAGAGAAAGAUAAGUUGUACAUAUAAAGAACAUCCAAAGCUAUAUAAUUAAGAGUGUAGUUUAAAACUUUCUUCUGAGGAUAAUUGUUUCUAUAGAACAUCACUUGCACUUUAAAAUAGCUACAAACACACACGGGUUGGUUUUGGUAUGACAUAUCAAAAUACUCCUAGCCAAUAGAUUUUCUUUUCAGUAGAUUUUUUUGUUGAUGGCAAUAGCACAGGACAGUCUGUACGUCCAAUACUCUGUGGUGCUAUUUAUUUUAUGAUCGUAUACAAACAUUCCACCACCAUAUUUACAGACAGAUUUGAGCGCAGCGAGGUGAAGAAACGUGGUUUCCUUUGAGUGCUAUGCCAAGUAUUUUGAGUAUUUUAGCUUGAACGUGACGAAUGUCCGUGGGGGUCAGAUGAUCACCUUGACCACUCUGAGAUUCAGAUUCUAGAGCACAGGAUCUUCUGAAAAUCUUGAAUGUAAUUUCUUGGUUGUCUUUUGUUAGUGUAUUCAUAUUCUAUGAGAGCAAAUUUACCGUUUAACAUUCAUGUGGUAUAAUAUCAAGGUCUGGUUUAUUUAGUUUCUGACUGUUAUGUUUGGUUCAGAAAUGUCUAUUCCAGAAGUCUUUAUAUUUUGAAAAUUGACAGUAAAUGAAAAGGAUCGGUUGUAUUUUUUCAGUGCAUUGACAGUGCAUAAACCACGGAGGAUCUUACUUUUAUUAAUCAC